UAUCAUCACCACCGACAUCGCCGCCGCCGCAAUCGCUUCAUCCAUAGCAAUUUCGGUCUUCCUACCUUCGAUCUAUAACGCCCGUUCAAUAUCGCCCUUCAACAGUCAUGUCUUCCGUCGCCCCUCAUCAGGGUUCGGCCGUCGGCGUUGCGGUAGAAGCUCGCCAAGAAGCCCCAGAACUGUCGCAGAACCGUGUGGCUCCGUACUCUCACCAUAACGUCUUUGCCCGCAUCCAGUCUCGUGGUGCCAACAAUGGUCACGUUGCUGGCGGUCAACCUCGAGAACAUAGCAUUGCGAGCCUGGAAGCCGGCAUGGCCAGGUACCAGCCGAUGCAUUCUGUCGUUACCGUUCCGUCAAACUCAAACUUGGCUGGUAUCGGUGCACAGUUCAAGGGAUUGUUCAAAGGUUCGUCGCCAGUUCCUGUCCCUAGACCUUGGUCAUAAGCUAACAGUAGGGGCUCCAGACUAGCCGCGUUGGUUCGUCCCAAUACCUUCCCUCAACAUUACUCAAUAAGGUAGGUUUGUGCGUUUCGUUGACUUUUCUUUCCUUAACUUGCUUUCUCGUUUUUCUGAUAGACGGCAUCUCCUUGUCCGCAGUUGCCACAAUCUCCAAGUCGUUGACCUGAACCAACUCUGGGAGACUACUGUCGA